UUGCCGCCCGCGAGCGAGCUAGCCCUUUACUGCUCCGCGUCCCAACUCUGACUAACAUCGCUACUUCGCGGUAACAGAUUCACAAGUUUCGUAUUCAUUGAAUUAAAGAAUUGUGUUAACAACAGUGCAGUCACCAUGAGCGUCCACGAAGACGCCGCCGCCGGGUGAUCUCCCACACGCGCAUACUUCACCACCACGUGUACUUUGGUGGUGAGUGUGUGGGUGUCGCGGAGCGCGGGCUACGGGGCGGGGGCCCGCCCGCGUCAUGAGGUGCGCGCGCGCAGCCCGCCCCGCCCGCCAUGCAGCGCCUGCGCACCACCUUCAAACGCUCCAAGACACCUACCCCUGCCGACAUGAAGACCCAGAGCAGCCUCGAAGUACCGAAGCAGGUCCGGUCGGCGUCGUUCGAUGAGAUCCAGCUGGAAGCGGCGCGCGGCGCGGCCCCCGGCAGCCUGUUGUCCGUGCCGCAGCCCGGCGCCCGCAGCCGCUCUUUUGAUUCCGCCGGAUCCGACGACUCCGGCACUUAUCUUGAGGUUCCACGGCUAUGGUCUCGGCGGCGAUCAGGGAAAGGUACUCCGCCGCCAUGCGUGCACUGCCGGCAUAUGGAGACGUGGCUGGCGCGACGCAGCGAAGAAAGGGUCACUCCAGAGCGACCGCUGGCCUCGUCUUCGGCGGAGGAUGAAGACGACGAUGAUGAAAGCGAUGUGGAGUCUCCGAGGGUGCUCCUCGCCCUGCCUCCACCACCUCGGAUAUUCAAACCAGCUCCACCCCAGUCACCACCUCUGUCUCCAGGCGCCCCAUCGUUUGAGCUGCAACCACCAAGUGACGAACCUCCGGUAUUACCUCAACGACGGAGGUCAAUAUCUAGACAAGAAGCAUUUUUCGUGGAGCCCACUGGGAGCUCUCUAGAAAAUGUACGGGCAUCAGAAGAAAGCACGGCGAAUAUUGCAAGGGAUGCCCUCGUUUGCGACAUUUACUUAGCAGUACCAGAACUGAAAAGAGACCGCGCAGCUUCAGUAGACUCCUGCUUCUCAAAAGUUUCUGGAGGUGCCAGGGCGGAAGAGAUAAAUGGCACUGGGAAUAAUUUAACCGUACCAGGAACAGGGUUACGGUCGAGAUCUGUGGAUAUUGUAUUGCCUACGGCGGAGCAGUCUCGAUAUAAGGCACUCGCGCUCACUUCUACGCAGGUCGCGCCGCCGCCCGCGCAGAUCGAAGCACCACAUGAAGCUGUGCCAGCGCCACACUCUUCUCAACAAGAUCUCAGUGAGAGGGCCUAUACAACGGAGACUCUCAGGUCUCUGCGGAGUUCCAUGCUGGCGUGGGGACGGGGGCCCGCGGGGGGCUCCAGACAAGCGCCCCUGCCAGCCGGCUCCCAUCCCCAAGCCGUCUCCAGCGGCGAGGAGGCCAGCGAUCGCGAAGCAGAAGGUGCGAUGCUCGCGAGCGCAGCCGCCGUGGCUCGAAGACGAUACGCCGUAAGGGUCAAGCGGAAAUCCAAGAUCACUUUUAGAAUUCUAAGGCGGCCUGGCGAUAGUGGCGCUAGAGUGCUUCGGUCUACGCCAGACUGGGGGGACGCUGCGAUCAGCGGGGAGCACCUCUGGUCGCCCACGUCUGUCUCAGGGGACUGUUGCUAUGUCGGCGAUGCGGAAUGCCAGAAACACGGAUCCCGCAUGAAAUGUUCGGCGUGCAAGAUCGUCGCGCACACGGCGUGCAUCGACAUCCUGAUGGACCGCGUGCAGUUCACGUGCAAGCCGACCUUUCGUGACGUCGGCAUCCGCCAGUACCGCGAGCAGACCGUGACGCACCACCACUGGGUCCACAGGAGGUCGGAGAAGGGCAAGUGCAAGGCUUGUGGGAAGUCACUCCGGCGCAGUUGCUGUAUAUGGUGCAUUCCAGCACGAGGGUCAGGUGAAAAACCUUUGGCAGUAGACAAUGAUCGAUCACUCCAAGCAAAACUAUCGUUUAGUUCGAAGGACAUCGUAGCUCUGAGUUGUUCGUGGUGUAAAGAUGCUUAUCACAAUAAAGAAAGCUGCUUCAAUCUUCAGAGAAUAGGAGAAGAAUGUGCAUUAGGGUCCCAAUCAAAUAUCAUUGUACCACCUUCUUGGAUAGUGAAGUUGCCAAGAAGAGGAAGUUUCAAAUCGUCAUUAAGAAAAUCACCAAAAAAGAAAAGUGCCUCUAAAAAGAAAGGAAAAGACUCGAAGAACGAACAAAAGACAUUUGUGAUAAAACCCAUACCCACAGCAAAUGUGAGGCCAGUCCUAGUGUUCAUCAAUCCUAAAAGUGGAGGAAACCAGGGAGCGAAACUACUGCAGAAGUUUCAAUGGCUGCUGAACCCUCGACAGGUCUUCGAUCUCACGCAAGGUGGACCUGGCCCAGGACUGGAGCUAUUCCGAAAGGUUCCGAAUCUCCGGGUGUUGGCUUGCGGCGGCGAUGGCACGGUGGGCUGGGUGCUGAGCGUGCUGGACCGCAUCGGCUCGCGACCUGCCGUCGGCGUGCUGCCGCUCGGCACUGGCAACGACCUCGCCCGAGCGCUAGGAUGGGGUGGGGGUUAUGAAGACGAGCCAAUAUCAAAGAUCUUGGCAAAUAUCGGUGAGAGCGACACUGUGUUGCUGGACCGUUGGCAACUGACCGUGGAACCCAAUACCUCGGCUGCGGGAGAAGACACGACCCACGCCAAACCAGAGUUGCCUCUCAACGUGGUCAACAAUUACUUCUCCUUCGGCGUCGACGCACACAUAGCGUUGGAAUUUCAUGAGGCUAGAGAGGCACAUCCAGAGAAGUUUAACUCUCGCAUCCGGAACAAGUUAUUCUACGGCACGGCCGGUGGUAAAGACCUGAUGCAGCGCAAGUGGAAGGGGUUGGCAGACUUCGUCACCAUGGAGUGUGAUGGCAAGGACCUCACGCCCGUGCUGCGCGAGCACAAGGUCCAUGCUAUUGUCUUCUUAAACAUUCCAAGCUACGGGGGUGGAACCCACCCUUGGAACAAAUCUGGAGGAUCGUUCGAGCCUUCCACUGAAGAUGGAUUAAUAGAAGUUGUUGGAUUGACAACAUAUCAGCUGCCCUUACUACAAGCGGGUGGUCACGGCACUUGCAUCACCCAAUGCAAGACUGCUAAAAUCGUGACCACGAAAGUGAUUCCCAUGCAAGUGGACGGCGAGGCCUGUCGCCUGGCGCCCUCUAUCAUCACGCUGUCGCGACUCAAUCAGGCCACAAUGCUUGCGAAGAGAAAACCUGGCAGGACUAUAGCACCACAAACGACCGUGGAUAAGCUGACACUCACCGUGAAUCUCAUAACGAUGGCUGAUUACGAGAGGCAUCAUUACGAUAAGGAGCUGCUCGCGAAAAUAGCGGAGCGUGUGGGAACUCUGGAAGUAAAUCCGACGGCGGAUUUGGAACAAAUGCGCAACCUCAUUCAGAACCUGAUCAAAGAAUCUCAAGCAUACUCGAACCUCGUCGAUUGGUGGUUCGUCGACUCUGUUACAGCAGAGCGGUUCUUCCGGAUCGACAAGGCGCAGGAGAAUCUCCACUACCCCACCGACAUCGGACACGAGAACAUCUACAUACUGGACGCGGCGCCUCUGACGCCCGACACCGAGUCCACGGCCCACCCCGACACGACCGCCACCGCCUCGCUUGACCGCACGGGGCCGUCGGUCUCACUUGAUACUACUACGGGACUAUCAGUAUCACUGGACAUCUCACAAAGUGUCGAUACGCCUAGUGCAGGAGUGUCGUUGGAUGUUCCUGAAUCACAUGCAAGUGAAUCUGGAUUGGGCAGUCCAGCGAGGACGUCUGAUGAACUGUUGACCCCUCAGACCCCUCCCCCAGCUCCUGUGCCUUCAACUCCCAAAUCAGUAGUCCCAGGGACACCUAAAGCGGUACCACCUUUACCUCCAUCGCCCAAGAUUGCCUCAGUUCCAGACUCCAAUUCACCACCACUCUGCACCAGCCCUCCGGCGAAGGAACAUCAACCUACUCACGAUUCCAUAGCCCGAUUCAAAACAAACUUAUUGGAGAAAACAUCUGACGCUCUACUAAAAGCCGCUAAAGUCGGUGAUUUGAAAAUGAUGAAGGAGUUGCACUCGGCGGGCUACUCUCUCCUGUCGAUUGACGCGACAGGACAAACCGCCCUUCACAUUGCCGCCCGGUACGGGAACAAGGAGAUCGUCAAGUAUCUGAUCGCGUGCGCACCAACCGCCAUCUUAAACAUGCGCGAUAACGAGCGCGGCCAAACCGCGCUGCAUAAAGCGGCCGCUCAUAAAAGACGAGCGAUCUGUUGCAUGCUGGUCGCCGGAGGGGCCUCUUUAACGCGGCAGGAUCAUGCCGGCCUUACACCAAGGCACCUCGCUCUGAGAGCAGAGGAUCACGAUUUAGCUGCGUACUUAGAGAGUCAAGAACAUUUCCAAUUAGUCUCAGAAGACUUAGAAACUGCCGUGUGAAGGGACAUUUCCCAAGGUACAAUCGGGAUAAUGAGACUGCGCCAUGGAGUACAAGUGAUAAUGUACAUAAAUUAGAAUCAAUGCAUUAUAUAAUGACAUUUUGAAUGUUAUAGUUACUAUACUCAAACACCAAAGUGAUAUUCAGAUCUUGUGACUAUUAUUAGAUGUAAUUUAUCUUUUUAAUAUUUAAAUUAACUACCUAUUCCAUUAAAGGAGUUUCAUAAUAUGUAUUUAAAUCCUAAAUUUGUAUUGUAAAAAUACGAAUGUUAUAUUUAGUAGAUUUAAAUAGCAUACGUGUAUGUGUGUGUACUUGUACAUAUCUCUGCAAGUUAUUGCAUUUAAAGGAUCGAAAAUUUCAAACUUCAAUUUAAAAACUUUGCCGGAUGCCAUAGGUAGCGCAACACCGCGAAUAACUGAUGAAAGGUACAUAUGAUCUUUAUUCAAAGAUACUUGAUUUUGAUCACCCAUGUGAUUUGCCCUUAGGUGAUUUCAGGACAUAACUAUGUGAAAUUUGAUCACCCAGGUGAACAAAGUGGAAUUAACUGCUACGAGUAGUUUCGCUAUUGCGGCAUUUCGCUAUCAUUUGGAUUUCACUUUUGAUUGUUGUCAUCUUUCUAGAAUACAUUUUGUUACUAUGACACUCUGUAAAAAAAUUAAUUUUAAUUUGUAAGUAUAUAGUAUGACUAAGCAAAUACCUAAAUACUUAGUAAAAUAAAUUUUACUUAUAAUUACUUACUCAAAAAUGAACCUAAAUUCGGUACAGUCAUAGUGGUAAAUGUAUUCUAAGCUAAUCUUGUUGAAUGGAAGGUUGAAUGAAUGAAAGUGAUUGAUGAAUUAAAUAUUUAAAAUAUUCAAUAAAAUCAGGAAUACAUAAAAUCACAACAUAGUAAUUAUUUAUUCUCUUAUGUUUUUCCUGUUAAUAUUUAUUAGGCGAAAUUUGUAGGUAAAUUUUUGACAUGAAACCUCAUGUGUUACCGCUAAGGGGGUUUGUGCAUCAGACUUCUUAUUUCAUCCGCGGCUAUUAUUAUGUAAGGAUAUUACGUCGUACGUAAACUGAACUAUCUCAACUUGUAAAUCUAUUCCACCAUUGUCCAACAUUUAUUAGUUUGUUAAACAUCGUUUACCGUUUUAGCUUAACUAUUUUCAAAGAAAAAUUAAAUAAAUACGAAUCUUAUAAUAUUCCAUGUAGAUACGAGGAGAUGUAAUAGAAUACCUAAACAAAAGUUUACAACUAAGUCCGGAUAGUUAGUUAAUAUCGCUUUUGCCUACGUAGGUUUUGUCUCGUGCAUAAACCCUAGUCUACCUAUGAAAACAUUUUUCUCAAACGUGAAGAUAUAAAGUUUUUGAAAAGUUCCGAAAUUUGCUCUUGUUUAAUUCUUUUAAUUUAACAUUUUCCAUUAUUUUUUUUAAUUUAAAGUUAUAUUUUAAAAUCAACUUUACUUAAUUAUAUUAGUUACCUACUUACAUACUUUUUCCAAUAAAACCGAGACUUCUCUCUUUUUAUAAGUCUUUUAUCAAAUCUACACCCUAUUUUUACCACAUUUAAUUACGUUUGAGCUUAAACUCCAACAAAAGCUGACCAUUGAUUCGAGGAAAUCCAAAUUUCCAAAGUUUGUCUAAAUUUCUUAUAACUA